CACCUCACCAUAAAUACGCCCAAACCCUCGGUUUCGCAGAUCCAAUCCAUUUCGUCUCCGGCGCUCCAGAACUCCCAAUCUUCUCGAGAGCUCAGGAAAGCUUCGCGCUAUUGGAUGUCGGGCCGCGGGAAGGGAGGCAAGGGAUUGGGAAAGGGCGGUGCGAAGCGGCACCGUAAGGUCCUCCGGGAUAACAUCCAGGGGAUCACGAAGCCGGCGAUCCGGCGUUUGGCGAGGAGGGGAGGGGUGAAGCGGAUCAGUGGCUUGAUCUACGAGGAGACCAGGGGAGUUCUCAAGGUAUUCUUGGAGAAUGUGAUCCGGGACGCCGUCACCUACACCGAGCACGCCCGUCGGAAGACCGUCACCGCCAUGGACGUUGUCUAUGCCCUAAAGAGGCAGGGCAGGACACUUUACGGGUUCGGUGGUUAGGGCUUCUUCUCUAUGAAAAGUCUUGCUGUCAAGAAAAUGGUCAAAAGUAGAGAACUUUGGUAGGUUUUUCCAUCGUAGGUUUCCUCUGUUGAUGGUGUCCUCUUCUGGAUCCAUGCGGUAUAUCCGCCUGUUCAUUUUUGCUGGAACGAACUCCUUUUGUAAAUUUUGAUGUACUUUUCAUCCAUGAUUGCAACGACCCAUCAUUGCCUCAAUUAUCUCAA